AUUUAUUCCCUUCCGAUCGUCAGUUUCAGAUUGCUGGCGCAGGCGUCGGCGUCGGAGACGAGCUACGGCUGGACCACCUGGUCCCCCUGGACCUCCCGGCGGCCGAGGUCCCCCGGGCUCUCAGGGACCACCAGGGGCCAAAGGUUCCACCGGACCACCGGGUGCAACGGGCCCUCCGGGAUCCGUGGGGCCACAGGGGCCAAAGGGAGCACGUGGUAAUACUGGAUCACAGGGUCAAAUGGGAGCCACAGGCCCGCCUGGCCCACGUGGUUUGGCCGGUCCUCCAGGUGCAAGAGGGCCAGUGGGACCGAAAGGCGCAGAGGGAGCCAGGGGAGUUCCCGGCAUCAAGGGACCGCCUGGCCCGAUGGGGGCUAAGGGUGAUCGGGGGACUCCAGGUAACAAUGGCGCUCCAGGACAGAGAGGUGGUCCGGGGGCAAAGGGACAAACUGGUGACAAGGGAGCGACGGGAAACGUCGGGCGGACUGGACCAAAGGGAAUAGCAGGCGAACGAGGUGAAACUGGUAUUAAAGGGGACACGGGUGCCACAGGACAUCCUGGUCCACAAGGAGGGAAAGGAGACAAAGGAGAAAUCGGAUAUAAAGGAGAUAAGGGUAGUCGUGGUGGGCAGGGGAUGACUGGACCUGUUGGACCGAAAGGUGACAGAGGACCAAUAGGACCAGUAGGACCAAAGGGAGAUGUUGGUGAUAACGGACAACCCGGACAGAACGGACAACCGGGAGCCAAAGGAGAGACAGGACCGAAGGGGGAACAAGGGCCACGAGGUGGACCUGGUGCGAAGGGAGACAUAGGAGAGACAGGGCCGUCCGGACCGAAGGGUCAGAAAGGAGAAAAAGGAGACGUGGGACCCGCGGGACCGAGUGGGCCAAAGGGUUUUCAAGGUGAAAAGGGCGAGUCUGGUCAGAAAGGAGAAAUGGGACCGAGGGGACUAAUGGGUGAUAUUGGUGAACCUGGUGCGAAGGGGGAAGCAGGUGACCGGGGGCCGGUUGGACCAGAAGGCCAAAAAGGCGUCCAAGGAGAGGCCGGACUUAGAGGAGAGAAGGGCAGUCGUGGCGGUCAAGGGAUGACUGGACCUGCCGGCCCGAAAGGUGACAGAGGACCAAUAGGACCAGUAGGACCAAAGGGAGAUGUUGGUGAUAACGGACAACCCGGACAGAACGGACAGCCUGGAGCCAAGGGAGAGAGAGGACGGACGGGGAAACAGGGUUUAAAGGGUGACAUUGGUCUAAAGGGAGACAAGGGCGAUGCGGGAAGUACCGGCCUUAAGGGUGAAAAAGGAAUGGUGGGCCUUGUUGGUCCAAAGGGAUUUCGAGGAUUCAAGGGACCUAUUGGACCAGCAGGGAGCAAGGGUAACAAAGGGGAAACCGGGAUGAUUGGACCUGUCGGGCCUCCAGGACCUAAAGGUGACUUGGGACCACAGGGAAUACAAGGUCCUAGCGGCCCGCCUGGUCCCGUUCUUAUAUUCCUACCGUUGCCGUAUGGUUUUCUCCACGGCAUGCCAGGAGUGUCGACAACCGUCGUCCUCUUGGUAGUCCACAGUCAGACCGAGGCUAUCCCGACAUGCCCUGUGGGUCAGAAUCUCCUAUACGACGGUUACAGUCUGGUCAACAUGGGUGGAGCCAGCAUUGACCCGACCCAUGGCUCUGGACAGGAUAUGGGUGCCACAGGCUCCUGCUUGACUCGCUUCAACACAUCUCCCUUCAUGCUUUGCGGUGUUGGCAGCGUCUGUAACAACGGCACUGCCAACGGCAGGACCUACUGGCUGACGUCAUCACGACGCCAUCUUCCCACCGUCGAGUCGCUGUCACAUGACGAGAGGCAGGUCUCCAUGGCAACCGCCGUGAGUCGCUGUGUCGUCUGCCAGGCCCCGGCCCCCAUACAGGCCAUCCACAGUCUGUCUGACGUCAUACCCACCUGUCCUGUCGGCUGGGAGAGUCUCUGGACCGGAUACAGUUUUGCCAUGCACUCUGAGUCUGAAGGGAUAGGGGGCGCUUUUCUGAGCAUCCCGAGCAGCUGCUUGCAGACUUACCGAGAGGACGCCGUCCUGGAAUGUGACAGUCACACCGCAUCCUGUCAGCUGACCCACGGGCAGUCCCGGAUGUGGCUCCGGACCAAUGACGAGAGGGUGGAGAUGACGACACUUCCGCCGUGGCUGUACGAGGCGGUUGCACCCGACGACCCCCUCCAUGUUAAUGACGUCACCAGUGGUUACGUCACUGGUAUCAGUCGUUGUCGCGUCUGUAUCAAGAUAUGAAAAACAACAGACUACAGCCGGUCAAUGAAGUAUGUUCAUUACUGAUUGUAUAAGACGUAUAGCUUUAAGUGCUUCUACAGAAAGAACGACAAUGUAUGUGAGUUCCAUUUCACAAAUGGUCCCGUCUUAAUAAAAAGAUGUAUUUUUUGUCUAACGUGGUAAUGUGUAGUAUGAAUACGACAGCUUCAGGUGUUUUAAACUUUCUUUUUUAUUGUAAUUGGCUAAAUUAUGGAUCGAUACAUGCUCAAUGGUGGAAAGGCGUUUUUUAGAAUUUGAAACACGAUAGGACUAAGGUGAGUAAGACGUCGACGCACGUUUGUUCUCUGUACAUUAUUUCUUCUUGAUAUUUUUAGCCUACAUGUUUGGUGUACUGUGGCUAGCUUUCUUUCUUCUUCGAUAGUUGAUAUGACUAAUAAAGUAAUGCUAUCUUUUUUUUCAUUAUUUCAUAUCGUAGUAUAUUCAAACAUAUAUAUGUAAUAAAAU